AUCUGCGACGGAACCGGAAAUCGACGUGGACGGUCCGCGCACAUUGCGUGCACGUGAGUUAGAAGUAAACGCGUAGUAACUGGCAAGUUAUAUCUACAUCGAACGUUAAGGAUGCCCAAGGCUAAAGGUGCCAAUAAACGGAAGAAGUUCAAUUACAAUGCCAAUAGGAAGAAAUUAAAAACAAAGGCCAAGAAACAGGCCAAACCUAGGAUUGAAUGUAAGCAGCUAAGAAGUGCUUGGAAUUACAGAAAAUCUGCUUCUCAGAACUUAGCAGACAUGGGUCUAGCAUUUGAUCCUAACAAAUCUUUGCCUUGCCACAACCGAAAGGUUACACGUAUGGAAGUUGACUGCUCAGAUACUUCACGAAAGACCAAAGCGAGCAAACUCUACGUAUUAAAAAAACUUGAGGCAGAGGCUAGUCUUCCAGAAAAAAAGACAAACGCCUUGUCUACGGACAUGAAAGAGUAUGUGCGACAUAUGAUCGAACACCAUGGAGAAAAUUAUAAGGAAAUGGCCAAGAAUGAGAAGAACUAUUACCAGGACACACCCAAUCAAAUAAGGAGGAAGGUGGAUCUUUAUAAGCGCUAUCACCCCGAGGAGUAUGAGGCUUUCAUGACAUCCUUGAAAGAAAAGAAAAUGGACACAUCAUAGACUGAUGAAAAGUGUGCUGACUUACUCCUGCAUUUUGUGAACGUUUUAUGCAGCCUUUACAAAUGGAUUGUUGGAGGGCAACAUUUUCACUGUACAUUUCAGGGUUUAAAAAAAUGCAAGACAUACAUACUAGCUGCUAAUUAAAAAAAACAAAAAAAAACAAAGUGUCUCCAUUUUCUGUCAACAGAGAAUAUGGUCUGCCUUAUGAAGAAACAUGACAUUUGGUGUUCAGUUUCCAAGAGGUCAAUCCUGUAUAUGGUGAAAUUGUUACAAAUUUGCUUUGUUUUCCCUCUGUUGUAAAUAUCAAACAGUGCCCAUGUAUGUAUUUCUGAGGAAUUUAAUCAAUACUGGAUGUUUGUCUUAAUAAACAUUUUUCUUUUUUACUCAGAA